GGUCAAAGGUCAAUUGUGUUAUGGCUGCGCUUGGAAGAGCUACGGUUCGAGCCGUUCAAGGCAAAAAGAGGUUAAUUCCUCAAAGGGCUGCAUUAGUUUUGACUCAAGCAGCUGUUGAGAAGAUAAAGACACUUGUUAUCAAUAAAUCAGAAGUAGAAGGACUAAGGGUCGGAGUGAAGACGAGAGGGUGCAAUGGACUCAGUUACACACUAGACUAUGCCAAGGAGAAACAGAAGUUUGAUGAGGAGGUCGUUCAAGAUGGGGUGAAAAUCUUCAUUGACUCUAAAGCACAACUGACGCUGCUUGGAACGGAAAUGGACUUUGUAAAUACCAAGCUGUCCAGCGAAUUUGUCUUCAACAAUCCCAACAUCAAAGGAACGUGUGGGUGUGGAGAAAGCUUCAAUGUAUAGCAUUAAUUGUAAUGGAACUGCUACUCAUUCUUAUCACUAUCCCCUACAGCGAGGGGAAAAUCGUUGCUGCCUCGGGAAACGCCCUACAUUAAUUUUGUUGAAGCAUAAAAUCACUUACUGUGAAUUGUCGCGAUCGAUGUCUUUGGUAGUAAUGUGAUUUUUGUUUUUAAAACUUGGGCAGUAAUUAACUUGAAAGUCUAUUGAGAGAUGAGAAGCUUAAGGGUUUCACUCUCUCCAAUGGGUCGGAAAGAAAGUACAUCAUACAUUUUUGGGCAAAUCAAAGGUAUCUGUUCAUUAGGUAUCCCAUAAGCCACCAUGUAUGUUUAGUUAGGAACGUGAAACAACAUCAAAGUCAUUAUUUUAUUUCAUCAUUUGGUCUGGCCAAGGUCUAGUAGAACCUAUUUAUAAGUUACCAAUGAUCAGAUAUCUCAAAAUCACAGAUGUGGUCAGUAAUGAUUAUGACAAAAUAGCUUGGACUUGCCCCUGAUGCUGAUUGUUGUGUUCACAUGGAAAUACAUGUAAUUACAGUGAAAGGGUUAAGAAUGAUUUGUAUCUAUUUGAGUGAGAAUAACAUGUUGUUGAUACAUAACAUUUUGUACUUAGAAGGAUAGACAGCCAGCAAUGGUACUUCUGAGAAAUAAUGCGACAGUUCAUGAUCAUCCUAUUACAAAUGCAUGGUGGCUAUGAGCAAUAUACAUAUAUCCAUUACUAAUAUGAUUCUUAGUUAUGAAUUUCAAGGUUGUUCAAAGUUUGAUCUCAAUUUUCCCAUGAGAGAGGUAAAAGACAUGUUUAUAAAAGAGAGCAGUUAUUGUCCGAUUUUAGUUUCGUUACUUGGGCCUACUUCUGUCAAUUUUUAGGUUAUUCUCAUCAAAGCGACAACUGCUGAUAUUCAAAAGCUUUCAUAAUCAUGUCACAUUUCAGUCACAAAUCCUUUUUUUGUUAGUAUAAUAGUCUUCGCAAUUCAAGUACUUAUGUACUCUGCUUACACAAUUGCUGUGCCCAUGUUGUCUCUGAACGAGUGGUACCAAUUAAGUUUUUAUCUGGUCAUCAAUGAUACAUUUGGCAGUGCCAUGAUACACUUGUAUGCAGUAAAACUGAUAUAUUGUAGGACAUUAUCCAGGAAUCUAAUUGGUUUCUUGUUAUAUAAACAAAACAUUAUAAUGCUAAAUUGCUAGUCCAGUGAACAUGAAGAUUUGAUGAAAGCAAUGUUGAUAGUGUUUCAUUUGUAAAUAAUAGAGAAUGCAAUUUAUAUAUUAUGUGUUAUAAAACAGUAUUUUUCAUGAUCAAGUCGCAUCUUGUGCACUAAUAUGACUUGGAGCUGUGUUGUCAUUUAAUUAUGUGAUUUUCAUUGAAAUGAAAACUUUCAUCUGAAUUUCCUUGGAUGGCAAUUUUCAUGAGCUGAAAUAAAACGCACAAUUUUCAUUCUUUUGCACAUCCAUAAUGGAAAAUUUAAAACAAAAAUCUGUUCCGUUUCUUUUGAAAUAUUUCUUUCUCAAAUAUUAAUGUUCUAAAUUUUGAUCAAUUGAACCAGUGUAGGAGUUCCAAUUAUUCAAAUACACAUCAAAUAAUAUUCUUUUGUUUCUUAUGUUUAAUCUUUUUUUUUUUUUUAUAUAAUAUCUAAUAAGUUGCCUAUCUUUGAGUAGAGUUACCUGCCAAGGGGCAUUGCUAGACCAUUUUGAUUUACAAUCUGCAGACAAGGAAACAUAAGAUGUGCAAACAAAUUUACUGCCAGAUAUUUACAUCUAUUCCCCAGAAAAAGCAAGGAAAUAAAGGAAUAAAAUAAAACAAGAGGUCACAAAUUGUAAAGGUUUGCUAGUACCCCCCCCCCCCCAUACACACACACACACACACACAUACACUGUAUGAUUUACAUAUCAUUAUUCUGUGCUAGGGAUCCCUCAAUUAUCUACAAAUGUUUGUUCCCAUACUGUACUAAUUCAUAAAUUUGUGAAUUAUACCUGUUCAUGUACAUCAGAACAUACAUUCAUACAUGCGACAUUGUAUGUAAUGGUUUCUCCAUAAGACUCAGUGAUGGCAAGUCUGUAACUCCCAAUGUAACAAUAACUUUCCUGUGAAAGAGAAAUAAUGAGUCAAAUUUAUGCCGUCUCCCCACCCCUUUGUCCCCCAAGAUAUGUAAUAUUUUUUUGUUUCUAAUGAAUAAUUUUAUGUCUGAUAUUUAUGCCACGGAAAAAAAUUACCAUAUGUUCUUGUUUUGUAUAGACUCUUUAAUGCAUGGUGUGUGUGUAUUUGAUGAGGUCAUCAAACCUGGAUUGUUAAUUGUGCAUCGGGAUGUUCAAUUGAUUGUCUGAUGAUUUGUUCAUGCAGAAGGUAAUUAUAUUGCAUAUAAUGUGCAUCUACGCUCAAGCUGUUGUUA